GAGAUGUGGCGUUACAUCCGUAAGUUUGGUCUGGAGUACUGUGACCUGCCCACCAUGCUGUGGAACGUCUCCGUGCUCCUGAAGGUGCUCACAGUCAACAUUUAUGGCAAAAACAGGAAAGCAAUCCCCCUCAUCUUCUACAUAAUCGUGACGGUGGGUCUCCUGACGUACUUCUACGUGUACCAGGUCUGCAUGGUAUGGUUCGUCUGCGUGAGGACCAAGGAGACAGGAGACAUGGUGGCUGCCAUGGUAGUCAUCUCUCUAGGGGUGUCCAGCCUGAUCGGGAUCGUUAAGCUGCUGUAUAUGUAUCUGUAUAUUGACAAGUUCCGCGCGCUAACAGACUCGUUCCUGGAGUUCGACGCUCGUAUCGCCCCUGGUAGCCGCGUGUCGCGGAACGUCUUGCGUUACAUGCGAAACGUGAAGAUGCGCGCUCUCAUCUACUGGGGCAUCCUCAUGGGUAACGGGUCUCUCUACAUCUUCAGCCCGCUGGCCAGGCCUGGGAGGCAUUUGAAUGAGGAUCUGCUCAUUAUUUAUGGAUUGGAGCCAAUGUUUGAGUCACCGAACUACGAAAUAGCUUGGGCUAUGAUGGCAGGUAGUGUUUACACAAUAUGCUAUAUUUCAGCCAAUGUCACUUGCUAUCUAGUAGUUAUUAUCGGCUAUGCCGAGUCCCAGAUACUAACCCUCGGCGAUGAAGUCAUGCAUAUAUGGACAGACGCAAAAGAACACUAUGAAAGCAUCGCUAAAACUGAUGAUAAUGAUAAUGACCACUCCAACUUUGAAAGGAAAAGUAAAAUAAUGAACGAUCAUGUAUUCAACACUCUUAAAGACAUCGUGAGACGACAUGCUACCAUAAAAACUCUUUUGAACCAGAUAGAAGAUGUGUGCAGAGGGCUCUUUGCAGUUGGAUUCUCUCUUUUAAUCCUAGGAGUGAUAUCGGAACUGCUAGGAGGACUGGAAAACACACUGUUGCAGUUGCCUUAUGCUUUCAUGCAGGUUGGGAUCGACUGUUUUAUUGGUCAGAGGGUAAUGGAUGCAGGAGAUGUCUUUGAGAAGGCUGUGUACAGCUGCCGAUGGGAGAACUUUGAUAAGAGGAACAUGAAGUUGAUCCUCAUAAUGCUUCAGGCCUCCCAGAGGACGCCGUCCAUAUCUGCCGGUGGCAUGACGACGAUGAACUUUGUUUUGCUCAUGGGGACUAUUAGGGGAACCUAUUCGGCUUACACAGCCCUUAGGUCUUCUAUGGCAUAA